AAUGUAAACGCAAACGUCCACGUCAGAUUUCUCGAAAAGUGUUUUGUUCCGGAAAAAUUCCUGUUUUGCGCGAUUUCAUCCAGAAUAAUUCAUUUCCUGCUAACGUAAAAGAUCGCCGAGGGUGCAAACAUGAGCGGAGCGGAGGGCGAAAGUCUGGUGGACAUGGAGAACUUGUUCUUCGUCGGCAGUUACGUUCCCUCGCAGAACGAGUUCUACAGAAUUCGGACUCCGUCGCUGGAGAAGGACAUUCUCAUGUACCGGGCGUACAUCGCUCAGGCCAGAUUCCGCAUCGUGUUGGACGAAGUGCAAGAGACCAACGAUACGCCCGUGCUGUCCAUGCGCCACCUCGCCGAGUACUUGUACGUCCCGGAGCGCAAAGAGACCGUCCUGGCGCAGAUCGAGGAAAAACUCCGCGGUGAUACCAGCGAGAUGCAUGUGAUCUGGACCAUCGUCGGUGCAACCAUCUACAUAAACGAGGAGAUGUACGAGACGGCAUUGAAGCUAUUGGCCGGAAAUAACAACCUGGAGUGUCUGUCGCUGUACAUGCACUGUCUUUUGAAGAUGUCGAGAGUUGACUUGGCCAAGCAGGUUCUACUAACGAUGCAGGAGAAGGACGACGAUGCCAUUCUUACGCAGCUUUCCCAGGCUUGGCUGAACAUCCAGAUCGGUGGCGAAAAGUUGCAGGACGCCUUCUACAUUUUCCAAGAUCUGUGCGACAAAUUUUCACCUACCUUGCUGCUGUUGAACGGACAAGCCGUGUGCUACCUAGGCCAGCAAAAGUAUGAUGAUGCCGAGCGUGUGCUUCGCGAAUGUUUGAACCGCGAUACCAACCACUACGAUACCCUCGUCAAUUUGCUCUUUUUAACGCAGCAAAAGGAAGGCAACAGCACACAGUUCCAUCGCUACCUGACACAGUUAUUGGGACACAAGAAUACGGCAUUCGCGACGAUGUACAACAAAAAGAAGUCCGAGUUUGAACGGAUCAUUAAACAGUAUGGUCCAUCGAACACGAAACACGUCAGUGAAAUCGUAGCUUAAACCGUCGCCAAACGUUUGCCGAUACGCUCACUUGCAAGCGAUGAAACAUGUAUUCCAACAUCUUCUGUAAUCUUUCAUCCUUAAAUAAGAACUGUGAAGAAACCACCUGACUA